AUGGGUUUUAAUCAGCCAAUAAAGCCGUUCAAACUCGCGGUACUUGGCUCUGGUCCUUCUGCAUUCUACCUAACCCAGCGACUACUCAACCAGCUCCCUUACAACCCCAACCACGCUAUCCACAUGUACGAGCGAUUACCCGUGCCGUUUGGAUUAGUGAGGUAUGGCGUAGCGCCUGAUCACCCUGAUGUAAAGAAUUGCGUCAAUUCCUUCAGCAGAGCUGCCAGUGAUAAUAGAUUUAAGUUUUACGGCGGUGUCUCAGUUGGUGACAGUACCAAGAACAAUGAUAUAUCCCUUUCCCUCCUCGCCAAGCACUACACCCACUUGGCAUUCAGCUACGGUGCUUCUCAACCCACCCACCUCCGCAUCCCCGGCUCAGUCGGUUCAUCACGGCGACUACGCGGUGUGUACUCUGCUGCCGAUCUAGUUGGCUGGUACAAUGGCCACCCCGACUACACACACCUCCACGAUUCUCUCUCCGCGGACCUCUCGCGCGCGCGCAAAGUCGCCAUCAUCGGCCAGGGCAAUGUGGGGUUGGAUAUAGCGCGUGUUCUGCUGACCACCAACCGCAGCGCACACGCUCUCUCACACACUGACAUCCCAUCGAGUGUCCUCCACUCCCUCCAACACGCCUCCAUCGAUCACGUCGAUCUCGUCGGCCGCCGCGGUCCUGCCCAGGUGGCUUUCACGGCCAAGGAGACGCGUGAAAUGAUGCAUCUCCCAGACGUCGCUAUGAAGAGCGUGGGUGUGGGCGGGGGCGUCAGCGAGGCGAGUGACGCGAUUCACCAUGCCAUCAUGCACGGCGAUCAGCAUGCCUCCAAUGACCGCGAAUGGCGCGCUAAAAAACGCAUUCUCAAUCUCCUGGCUGAUGGCAGCAAGUGUGGGAUGCACGACGCUGCUAAAACUUGGGGCUUGCGCUUCCUUCUCUCCCCGACACAUUUCCACAGCAAGCAAGAUAAGGACCACCUCACACACAUAUCGUUUGCAGUGAACAAACUCACCGAAACACCACCCUCAACGAGUGUAGUGGGUGGUGAGCCAGCAACGCAGACGCCAGCACGGGUACUCGCUACGCCCACAGCCCAAACACAUGAAGAAGAGUACGACCUCGCGAUAGAGAGUAUAGGAUACAGGGCGCACCCACUAGGCAACAUCCCCUUCGACACUUCACGCGGCGUCAUACGUAACUCCGGCGGGAGAGUUAUAGGUGAAGAUGGAGUUAAUAUACCCAACGUUUACUCCACAGGCUGGGCGAGUCGAGGGCCUGUCGGCGUCAUCGCGUCUACUAUGUACGACUCGUAUAGCGUCGCUGAUACUAUUGUCUCGGAUCUGCACAGCGAUCAGGUUGAAGGUGAGAGCGGUGAGGACGAGGCAGCUGGUGUUUCCUUCACAAACGCUUCUCAUCUCGAUUGGGCUCCUUCUACAUCCCCCCUCCCAGGCGUACCACCUGUUGUCGAGCAUCAGGCUGUCAAAUGGUCCGAUUGGCUGCGUAUUAACCAGGCCGAGAUCGAUAAUGGCAAAGACCAUGGCAAGUUGAGAGAGAAAUUCCUCACUGUCGAUGCCAUGAUGGGGGUUUUGGGAAGAUGA